AUCAAACCACGUUUUUCUUCUUUCGGGUCGCCACGACCGAUCCGCACCCGUGUUCGUUUGUCCAUUUGCCGAAUUUCGUUGGAAAAUCGCGUUUAUCGCGGUUGUGAAAAGUGUACAAAGUAGGCCGCCACCAUGCCGAAAGUGAGCUCCCGCCCGGGGCCGCCCCGGAAGCUGUCGACGAACAAAUCCGGCCACAGCAUGAACCCGGAACGCUCGACGGAGGGCCUCAAGGGGGUGGCCAAGCCGCGGUCCAAAUCGACGAUCAAGCGGCUGCAGAUGUACCGGAAUUUCAAGGCCAAGCGGGAUCGCAAGGGCAAGAUUUUGACGCCGGCGCCGUUCCAGGGCUGGGUGUCGAGUGGGACGGUUUCGCGGGUGGAACCGUCGCCGAAGUGGUUCGCCAACUCGCGGGUCAUUUCGCAGAGCUCGCUGCAAAAGUUCCAGGAGGAGAUGGGCAAGGCGAUUAAGGAUCCGUACAAGGUGGUCAUGAAGCAGACGAACUUGCCGAUUACGUUGCUGAAUGAAACGGCCAAAUAUCAGCGGGUUCACCUGUUGGAUACGGAGAGCUUCGACACGACGUUCGGACCGAAGAAGCAGCGCAAGAAGGUGGCGCUGAAGGUGCGGGAUUUGGAGGAUUUGAGCAAGAAUGCGGAGGAAUCGGCGGAGCGGUACGACGAGGAGAAGGACCGGGACUUGGAGCGGGAUGACGGUGGGGUUAAGGACAAGGUCCGGGAGUGGAUUUUUGCUGCUGGUCAGAGCAAGCGAAUCUGGAACGAGCUGCACAAGGUGAUUGACUCGGCGGAUGUGCUGCUGCAGGUUUUGGACGCGCGUGAUCCGAUGGGAACCCGGUCCAAGUACAUCGAGGGAUUCCUGAAGAAGGAGAAGCCUCACAAGCAUCUGUUCUUUGUGCUGAACAAGGUGGAUUUGGUGCCGAUUUGGGUGACGCAGCGUUGGGUCGCGUUGCUGAGCAAGGAGUUCCCGACCAUUGCGUUCCACGCCUCGUUGACGCAUCCGUUUGGAAAGGGCGCCCUGAUUAAUCUGCUCCGCCAGAUUGGCAAACUGCACGUGGACAAGAAACAAAUCAGCGUCGGAUUCAUCGGCUAUCCGAACGUGGGCAAGUCGUCCGUUAUCAACGCACUGCGCAGCAAGAAGGUCUGCAACGUGGCCCCGAUCGCCGGCGAAACCAAGGUCUGGCAGUACAUCACGCUGAUGAAGCGCAUCUUCCUGAUUGAUUGUCCCGGAGUGGUCUAUCCGACGGCGGAAACCGACACCGAAAAGGUUCUGAAGGGCGUGGUCCGUGUCGAGCUGGUCAACAAUCCGGAAGAUUACAUCGAAGACGUUCUGUACCGAAUCCGCAAGGAAUACCUCGUCAAAACGUACGGCGUGACCGAGUGGAUCUCGCACAUUGACUUCCUGGAACAGAUCGCGCGCAAAACCGGCAAACUGCUCAAAAAGGGCGAACCCGACAUCCAAACGGUGGCGAAAAUGAUCCUGAACGAUUGGCAGCGCGGACGACUGCCGUUCUACGUCCCACCGGAAGGCUUUGAAAUCCCCAAAUCCGUCCUGGACGCCACCUCCAUCACGGAAGACGACCAAAAGAGCUCGUUCUCCGGCGUGACCGCCACCCCGACCAUCCCCGACUCGAUCAAAAAGGGCAAGGAACUGUUCCAGAUCCAGGACUUCCGCAAGAUCAAGGUCAACCUGGAGUUUGAAAGCGAGGACGUGCGCGAAAUCGACAAAAUCGACCAGGAACUGCUGGAAAAGCUCAAAGAGGAAAAGAAGGCCGAAGCCCGCGAAAAGCGCGAAAAGAAGAAGCAAACCAGCGCAGCGGAACAGGACGAAGAAUCGUCCGGCAUUUCCGACUUUUACUCCGAGGACGAGUACGACGAGGAGAGCGGAAAGGUCGUCCACAAGAGUGCCAAGGCGGCCAAGUCCGCGAAAUCGGCCAGCGGCAAGUUCAACGUCGAGGAUGAAGCUGGUCAGCAGGACGGGGAGGCGGAGGAGGGGCAGGCUGCUGGUGGCAAGAGGCCGCUCAAGAAGACGGCGAAGCAGCGGAGGGCGGCCGAGCGGGCUGGGAAGCGGAAGAAGAUCGGCAGCAACUUUUACGAGACGCACAACGUCAAGAACCGGAACCGCAACAAGAAGCAGGAGGCGCCUUAGGAGGUGGUGGGUAACGGGGGAGUGUGUGUUAGGUUUAAGAAGAUGUUCUACAGAAGUUGCAGAAACAAGAAACAAAUCUUAUUAAAAA